GGCAGGAAGGAGGGGACCCAGCUUGGCUGGGGGCAGUGACAGGGGGCCCUGGGGUGGGCCAGCCAGGCCUGGAUGCUGCCCAGGCUCUGUGUAGGGCACCUGCCAGCCCACAACCCUCUCUUGGGCCAAUCACAGUACAAACAGGACAGAAGCCAAGAAAGAAAAGAAGAGGUCUUGGCACAGUUGGACAGGGGUGGUGAGGGAAACUGCCAGCCUGGGGCCUGGAAUCAAGACAGACAACACCUCUACCCUGGGGCCAGGCAGCCCUGAUCCCUGAAGGGCCACAUAGACUCAACAUACAAAGAUAUGAACACGUGAGCUCUGAUUCCUGCAGGAAGACGACAGAGACCAGGAGAGGCAGAGAGAGGCUGGGACACGCCCAGGUCCAGCUCCACCAAGCCCAGUCCUGCCAAAGACAACAGAAUAGCCCGAAUAGGAAUUCUGGGAUAGGCCAGAGCUGGCCCAGCUACAGACACAAGGCGAGAGCAUUCACCACAGCCUUCGGGAGAACACUGGGAUCUCCAAGCUACCCCGUCCCCAUGGACUCUACCCCCCUGAGGCCAGCCAGCCAGCCCCACCCGGACGAGGGCCACCCACCGUCCCCUGAAGCUGUCCCAGUCCCCUGGAAGAGUGUGGGCCCCUGCAAAAGCCACAGGGAUUCAGGCCUGGUGGAGACCCCUGCUGGGAAGGAAGCCCAAGGCGAGGAGGACCCUGCGGCCACCCGGCUGGACGUGUUGCGUCUGCGCAGCUCUUCCAUGGAGAUCCGAGAGAAGGGCUCAGAGUUCCUGAAGGAGGAGCUGCACAAAGCCCAGAAGGAGCUGAAGCUGAAGGAUGCGGAGUGUGAGCGGCUGUGCAGGGUUCGCGGGCAGCUGGAACGGGAGCUGGAGGAGCUGACGGCCAGCCUGUUCGAGGAAGCCCACAAGAUGGUCCGAGAAGCCAACAUGAAGCAGGCGGCGUCAGAAAAGCAGCUGAAGGAGACGCGGGGCAAGAUCGACAUGCUGCAAGCAGAGGUGACAGCCUUGAAGACACUGGUCAUCACGUCCACACCAGCCUCUCCUAACCGCGAGCUCCACCCACAGCUGCUCAGCCCCACCAAGGCCGGACCCCGCAAGGGCCACUUGCGUCAUAAUAGCACCAGCAACGCCCUCUGCCCCGCCGUGUGCACCGCGGUAGGACACGCCCCCAGCCUGGACAAGGAGGGCAAAGAGCCCGGGCUGCCCCCUCUCCUCUCCCUGCUCCUCUGCGUGGUCCCCAGCAAGGCGGUUCACCUCACCUACGAGCCGGCCUGGCAGCUCCCACCUGGGGAGCUGCCUGUGGGCCCCACCUCUGCUACCUCUCUCUCCUUUUCCCGACAGGUGGACACGACCCUGUUUGCAGAGUUCCAAGCCUGGAGGGAAUCGCCCACCCUGGACAAGACCUCCCCCUUCCUGGAAAGGGUGUACCGGGAGGAUGUGGGCCCCUGCCUGGACUUCACCAUGCAGGAGCUCUCAGCCCUGGUCCGGGCCGCCGUGGAGGACAACACACUCACCAUCGAGCCCGUGGCUUCGCAAACACUGCCCGCGGUGAAGGUGGCCGCUGUCGAGUGUGGCCGUACCAAUGGGUUCCGGGCCCCGAUUGACACUACAUGUGCCCUGAGUGGCCUGGCCUGCGCCUGUCGUCACCGAAUCCGGCUUGGGGACUCCGAGAGCCACUACUACAUCUCACCGUCCUCCCGGGCCAGAAUCACGGCCGUGUGCAACUUCUUCACCUACAUCCGCUACAUCCAGCAAGGCCUGGUGCGGCAGGACGCGGAGCCCAUGUUCUGGGAGAUCACAAGGCUGAGGAAGGAGAUGUCGCUGGCCAAGCUUGGCUUCUUCCCCCAGGAGGCCUAGGUCAUGGCCCAGGCCUGGAGGGGGGCUCUGAGCUGGAGCCAACACCUGCCCCAGGAGAGACAGACAGACAGACGGGGUCCUAGAGCCAGCCCUGGGCCAGAAGCUGAGCAGAGGGACAAAUGGCCAGGCCGUGGAGGCAGCACUGAGCCGGCAGCAAAUGUCCAUCCCAGGACAGGACCUCAGGAGGUGACCUCUCCCCCCUCGUAGUACUACAGCCACCAGGAGACUUUCAAGAAAGCACCAAAGACCAAGGAGCUGGGAGCCGUACAAAGGGGCUCAGCCCUUGGGAGGGCACCCCUGGGACAGCCAGCACCCCCUCCCCAGUCCCAGGAGCUGCUGCCUGCAGGUGCCUCACUGGCGAGAUCUCCAGGGUAUCUCCGCACCCCCGCCUUUCCUAAGCCCUGGGCACCAGCACCCCCUUGUGGCCAUCCCUCACCUCGUUCCCAGGUGGGCCUGCUGUGCCCAAGGGCCAGAGAGCUAGGAGGAGCGGGCGGGGGCGGACGGGGGCCUCGCUGGCUGUCUUCCACUCCAUCCUGCAUCUGCCUGACAAUGACCCCAAAACAUCCUUAAGAUGUAUCAGGGGCCCUCCUCCCGCCCGCCCGCUCGACCUUCCUCCUUCCCGCCAGCUGAGCCCGAUGCUGCAAGGAGCCUUCGCCCCCACCACUGCUGGGAGGACCGGGGCACUUUCCUCCCAAAGUAGAACACAGCCAGGCCUCAGGAUGCCCUGUUUUCAGCUGUGGAUGGCCGUUCCGACGACGGAGGCUGAGAUCGCCCAGCCCGGUACACAGGACUGGGGUGGGGCAGGCGGGACCCGGGCCCCUCCUCCCCCCUCGCAGCCUACUCAGUACCGGGGUCCAACCUGGACACAUCCCUCACCACGUCCGAUUUCCUCCUCUGAAUGGAAUGUAACGCGAUCUCUAUUUAAUAAAGGACGGCUUUGUUGGUAGAGGCCAGGCAGCCACGC